AUGGACUGGAAUCAUUGUGUUCGCGAUCUUCUCGUGAACCCGCGCCAUACAAAAUGGAUCGCCCCGCUUCUCAUCCUAGGCGAUGUCUUCCUCUGCGCUCUGAUCAUCUGGAGAAUCCCAUACACUGAGAUUGAUUGGACUACGUACAUGCAGCAAAUAUCCCUGUAUAUUUCUGGAGAGCGCGACUAUACCCUCAUCAAAGGAUCGACCGGACCGCUCGUUUAUCCCGCCGCGCAUGUGUACAGCUACACGAUACUCUACCAUCUGACCGAUGAAGGUCGCGACAUUCUCUUCGGCCAGAGCCUGUUCGCCGUCCUCUACAUCGCUACCUUGGCGGUCGUAAUGCUAUGUUACAGACAGUCGGGGGCUCCUCCGUACCUCUUCCCCCUGCUUAUCUUGUCCAAGCGGCUUCAUAGCGUCUUCGUUCUGCGUCUGUUCAACGAUGGUCUGGCGGCUUUCACGAUGUGGGUGGCUAUACUUUUGUUCCAGAAUAAGAAGUGGACGUCCGGAGUGAUUGUUUGGUCUACGGGAGUGGCUGUCAAAAUGACCCUGCUGCUUCUUGCUCCGGCAAUUGCGGUGCUGGCGGUGCUCAACUUGUCCCUUCUGCCCAGCCUCCGGCUUGGGGUUUUGGCUUUGCUUGUGCAGAUUCUACUCGCUAUACCUUUCUUGCAGACUAACCCUAUCGGGUAUCUCUCGCGGGCCUUUGAACUGACCAGACAGUUUAUGUUUAAAUGGACGGUCAAUUGGAGGUUCGUGGGUGAAGAGGCAUUCUUAUCUAAAAGGUUUUCCCUAGCAUUGCUAGCCUUGCACAUGUUCUUGCUAUGCGUGUUUGCAGCUGCGGCUUGGUUAAAACCAUCGGGCUCGAACCUCCCUAACUUCCUGCGAACAGUGCUUCAAGGACGUCACCGUGGAACACCGCUUUCCCGGCCCUUUGUGACCACUGUGUUGCUGACCUCCCUCGCAAUCGGACUGUUGUGCGCGAGGUCUCUUCAUUACCAGUUCUUUGCCUAUAUUUCCUGGGCGACGCCCUUUCUUCUUUGGCGCGCGGGUAUCCAUCCGGUUAUCUUAUACGCCCUAUGGGCGCUUCAGGAAUGGGCCUGGAAUACCUUCCCCAGCACAAACUCAAGCUCGCUGGUUGUCAUCUUUUCCCUUGCCGUCCAGGUCUUCGGCGUGCUUGUGAAUCGCUCAAAUGCAUUCGGUGGCAUAAAGCCCAAGGCUGGCGGGAAAGAGCAUGUGAACUAA